UUGGCAAGGAAUGCUGUGAGCUUCAAGGAGCUUGCCAGAGGACAGAGGAGAGCAGCAGAGGCUGCCUUGGAAGACAUGACCAUGUUUUAUUUGAUUCACUUGAAGACACUUCCAUUUCUGUUCUUACUCCACACGCAGCUUGCCAAGUCCUUUCCGGUAGCACCUGAACACCUGGAGAAGAAAAACCUAGAAAUUGCUGAGAAUUACCUGAAAAGGUUCUACCACUUACCAAGCACACAGUUUCGGGAUGCAGGGAGGAGCAGCAUAAUGGUUGCGGAGAAGCUUAAGGAAAUGCAGCGCUUCUUCGGCUUGGCCGAGACAGGGGAGCCAGACUCAGCGACUAUGGAGAUGAUGGCAAAGCCUCGCUGUGGAGUACCCGACUCCGGUGACUUCAUGCUAACCCCGGGAAACCCUAAGUGGACACACACUAACCUGACCUACAGGAUUAUAAACCAUCCCUCACAGCUGUCGAGGGAUGAAGUGAGAAGAGCAAUUGAGAGAGCCUUUCAAAUCUGGAGUGUGGCAUCACCUUUGACCUUCACCGAGAUCUCACAGCAAGAAGCAGAUAUCAACAUUGCUUUCGUCCCAAGAGACCACGGCGACAACUCUCCAUUUGAUGGGCCCAAUGGGAUCCUUGCCCACGCCUUUCAGCCAGGCCUGGGCAUUGGGGGUGAUGUUCAUUUCGAUUCAGAAGAAACAUGGACUCAAGAUAUCAGAAAUUACAACCUGGUUCUUGUGGCAGCUCAUGAAUUUGGACAUUCCUUGGGACUCUCUCACUCCUCUGAUCACGGUGCCUUGAUGUACCCAAACUAUGCAUACACAGAGCCCAGCACCUACUCACUACCUCAGGAUGAUAUCAAUGGCAUUCAGACAAUCUAUGGACCAUCAAACAACCCGAUCCAACCUACCGGGCCCAGCACCCCGACAGCCUGUGACCCCCACCUGAGAUUCGAUGCUGUCACCACACUCCGUGGGGAGAUUUACUUCUUUAAAGACAAGUACUUCUGGAGACGGCAUCCUCAGCUGAGAGAAGUUGACCUCAAUUUCAUCUCUCUGUUCUGGCCUUUCCUGCCCACUGGCCUUCAGGCUGCUUACGAGGAUUUUGACAGAGACCUGGUUUUCCUAUUUAAAGGCAGACAGUACUGGGCUCUAAGUGGCUAUGACCUUCAGCAAGGUUACCCCAGGGACAUAUCCACCUAUGGAUUCCCACGCACUAUCCAAGCCAUUGAUGCAGCUGUUUCCUACAAAGGGAAGACCUACUUCUUCAUAAGCAACCAAUGCUGGAGAUAUGACAACCAAAGAGGAUCCAUGGACCCAGGCUAUCCCAAAAGCAUAGCAAGCACAUUCCCAGGAAUAAACUGUAGAGUGGAUGCUGUUUUCCUGCAGGAUUCCGUCCUCCUCUUCUUCAGUGGACCGCAAUACCUUGCAUUUAAUCUUGUCACUCACAGAGUCACUAGAGUUGCAAGAAGCAACGUAUGGCUUAACUGCACAUAGAGCCGAGCAAAGUCAAGAGUCCUUGCAUCCAC